AUGAAUUGCGGAGAUCAUUGCAACACUUUUAAAGUUGAAGAUGGAGUGGUGGUCAAGAGAGAGCUUCGUGCAAUGUUUUCAACUGAUGAAGAAGCAGAUUUUAGAAUGCUGUUUCGCAUAUCGUCAGUGCAACCAAUCGCCAAUGUUGUGAUAAGAACGAUAGAUACAAACGUGCUUGUAAUUGCCCUUGGUUGUUUCAGCUCGCUACCUCAAGAAUUGGAUAUUUGGAUUGAAACUGGUGUUUAUACGAAGAAUACAUUGAGAUAUAUCAAUGUGAAUCAGAUUUUUCAGGAACUUGGGCAAACCCUUUGCUUGGCCUUACCGACAUACCAUGCGUUUACUGGAUGCGAUUACACAGCCUCUUUUCGUCGGAAAGGCAAAGUUCGUCCAUUAAAACUUCUUGAAGGAAGUGAAAGUGCGAUUUAG